CGGGUCAGUAUCAACGACUCGGUCCUUCAAUGCCGCUGAAGCAUCGGCAUUGAGACUAGAUAUACGAAUACCGGGAAGAGGAGAGCCACAGGAAGCAGAGACUGGAAAAAGGUAAAUGAAGGCGGCUGUGAUGUGUUUUCUUCCAAUGGCCUUGGCCUUGGCAACUUUUGCCGAGAAGGACAACUGCGACCGAAUGUGCGGGAACAUGAGCGUGCCUUUCCCAUUUGGGCUGGACGAAAGUUGCGCGCGGAACUACGACUUCGUCCUCAUCUGCGACCGCACUUCGGCUCCCCCGAAGCUGUUCCUUUUCAAUGAUACUCAGGCGUUCGACAUAUCUGUGGAGAACGGGACGAUCACCAUUGGUAUAUACAUAUCGUACGACUGUUAUGACAAGAGUGGCCAUCCACUUGACGAAUCGUACCCUGACACAUCGUUCACGAUGAACGAAGACGAGCACUAUACAUUAUCGGACACCAGGAACAAGCUCACAGUCUUUGGCUGCGACACCUCGGCUCUCAUCUCGGACACUGCCGGGACUUUCGGGAGUGGAUGCUCCUCCUAUUGCCGCGAGGACAUCGACUUCACAGCCGAGAGUGCUUGCUCUGGCCUUGGGUGCUGUCAGACGUCAAUCCCCAAGAGCCUCAGGGGCAUCAAUAUAUCCACGAGAAGCACGACCGAUUACAUGUCAGUUCAGAACUUCAGCUCUUGUGGAUCAGCGUUCGUAGUGGACCAGUAUUUGUUUAAUGUCUCCGAUUACAAGCUUCCUGUCCCAGAUGAUAUACGAGCACACAUUGACUCAAAGGUUGUCCUGGAUUGGGUAGUUCAACGGGAUUUGACCUGCGAGCAAGCAAAAUUGAACCUAUCAACCUAUGCAUGCGGCGCCGACAGCUUCUGCUCUUACUUCAAGAACGAACAGGGUUAUCGUUGCUUCUGUGAGGAUGGAUACAUGGGGAAUCCCUAUGGCUACCCAUCUUCCCCGGGAUGUCAAGACAUCGACGAGUGCAAGGAUCCACAACAAUAUCCAUGUCAUGGGAAUUGCAAGAAUAAGCCUGGGAACUACACAUGCAACUGCCCAUUUGGCAUGACCGGUGAUGGCAAAGUCGGUUGCCAAAUUUCUCGUCUUGCCAUAAUUGCUGCAGCCAUUGUAGCGGCAACAUCGUGCAUAAUUGUUAGUGGCCUAGUCUUGUUCAUAUGCAAGAGAAGAGCUAAAGAGAGAUACUUUAGGCAAAAUGGAGGAGAGAUCUUGAAGCACCAGAGAGUGAAAAUCUUCACUGAGGCAGAGUUGGCUAAAGCCACUAACAACUACGAUGCUGGCAACAAGCUCGGUGAGGGUGGUUUUGCUUCAGUUUAUAGAGGAAGAAUCGACGGCGACAUUUUAGUCGCGGUCAAGAAACCUAGAGAUGUCCCUGUCAGGAAGCUAAAAGACAUGAACAAGGACGUGUCUCUGAGCACUCACGAUGAAUUCUUGCACGAAAUCGGCAUCAUUUCACAGGUGAAUCACAAGAACUUGGUCAAGCUAUUGGGCAUAUGUUUGGAGACAAAAGUGCCAUUGUUGGUCUAUGAAUUCAUCCCGAAUGGAACUCUCUAUCACCACAUUCAUGACAAGAGAUCGACUGUUCUGAGAUCGUGGAAGAAUUGCCUCAGGAUUGCCUCGGAAGCUGCCUCAGCCCUCGAGUACUUGCAUUCCCAAGCUGAGCCGCCGGUCAUUCACAGCGAUGUCAAGUCUCUUAAUAUACUUUUAGACGAGAAGUACUCAGCAAAAGUAUCUGAUUUCGGAGCCUCAGUUUUGAUUUCACCUGGAAAGACUCAUAUAGCCGAAAGAAUACAAGGCACAAUAGGUUACCUCGACCCUGAGUAUCUCAUCACUGGUGAAUUAACCACAAAGAGUGACGUUUAUAGUUUCGGGGUCGUCCUCGUGGAGCUCCUCACCGGAGAUAUGCCGACUCAGCGGGCAAAAUCUGGGGAAAAAAUCAACAUCAUCCAAUCUUUCAUCUCCGCCGUGGAGAACCGGACACUCCUCCAUAUGAUAAAUUUCGAGGCGUCCAAUGAAGGUGAACUACAGGAGAUCGAAGGCGUCGGUUUACUUGCUAAAAGGUGCUUAAACUAUAAUGGAGUCAAAAGGCCUACAAUGAGGGAAGUGGCUGAGCAACUGGCUAGGAUCAACAAGAACUUGUGGGCUGAUCAACAGAAUGACGAAGAGGCUCAAAGUUUACUCGGGGAGACGAGACGUGAUUCUCUCUGGACUUCAAUCAGUGAGAUGAAUAAACCGGAGUCAACUAAUCUUUUGGUAUUUGACAUCGAAGCAGCCACUACUAGUUCCAGCGUUUGAUUCGUGGUUUCUAGUGUAUGGUUAUGCACAAGAAACAAGUCCAAUGGUUGAAUGUUCAUCCUGAUCUUUUGUUUAAGGUUCUGUUUUUUCUUACAGUAGAUUAAUUUGCGAUUUUGAAGUUUUAAUAAGGGAUGAUUCUAGGGGAUUAUAUAUGAUU